AACAACAACAACAUUAACUUAAGUAGCAUUAAGUAAUCACAUUAAUACAUUAAAUUAAUACAAAGCGUGCUGCGCUUAUCUCAAAAUACCCGCUCAUCGAAACAGUCGCCAGUUGAGAGCGUCAAGGGGUUGUAAAUAUACAAAGUACAAUAAAAUUAGGGCCACGCAAUUGUAAAUGAAUUUAGGUUGCUCUCAAACUCUCAGCAUGCUUGUCAGUUAAUAAAUAAUCAAAAGGAGAAUCGCAGCGCACGGCAAAUCAUAACAUAAAACAUAUACCAAUUGGCUGAAACGUUAAAUUAAUGAAUUAAAAAGCGUUGCCGGCUCAAAGUUAUAAGCAAUAUUAGGUCCUGCCGUGUGGACACAUCCUAUAAAACGUGGAACGAAUGUUGCGCAACCCGUUGCUCGAACCGCGUGCUAAAACAACAACAACACAAUUAUAUAUACUAUCACGCCACAGACGCAAGUGCCGCUGCCUCUGCCACUGAUAAACAUCAAGCGCCAUGAAGAAACGUUCCAACUCACGUGGCACGCCAACCAAUGGCGGGGAAGGGGAGGGCGAGGGUGAACAGAGUGUCACUAGCGGCAGGUACAAAUCUGGCGCCGCAAGUGCGCCUGCCUCGCCUACCAAACGCAGCGGCAACGACAACAAUGGCAAGAAGCGCAAGGAGGAAAUCGCACAGACCUUUGUUAUUGUCAAUGAACGUCCCGUGGAUGAUAUCUCAUUGGAUUUCUUUUACAAGCCACAUACCAUCACACUGUUGGCCGUCUCAAUUCUGGCUGGCAUGUACUUUGCCUUUGUCAGAAACGAAUCCAAUCUUGAUGAUAAUCUCUGGUCUGGCCUCUGCUGCAUUGUAUUCUUCUUUUUGAUCAUAUCCGUAAUUGCAUUUCCAAAUGGACCAUUUACACGACCGCAUCCUGCGGUCUGGCGCAUACUAUUUGGCUGUUCGGUAUUAUAUUUACUUAUGCUGCAGUUCCUUAUGUUCCAAAACUAUCCAACCAUACGCAAUAUAUUCUAUUGGUUGGAUCCCAAGCUAAAAAACUUUCAGAUUGAUAUGGAAAAGGAAUAUGGCGUCAAUUGUUCAGACGUUAGCUGGGACCGUGUCAAAGGACACUUGGAUGUCUUUGCCUGGGGCCACUUUUUGGGAUGGGCCUUUAAGGCUAUUCUUAUACGUCACAUGGGCAUACUCUGGGCUAUUUCGGUCAUGUGGGAAAUCACUGAGAUAACCUUUGCACAUUUGCUGCCCAACUUUAUUGAAUGCUGGUGGGAUGCUCUUAUUUUGGACGUCAUCAUUUGCAAUGGCCUGGGCAUUUGGGUGGGUCUAAAGAUCUGUCAAAUUCUAGAAAUGCGCGAGUACAAAUGGGCUAGCAUUAAGGAUAUCUCAACAACUACAGGCAAAAUUAAGCGUGCCAUGCUUCAAUUUACGCCGGAAAGCUGGUCAGCCAUACGCUGGCUGGAUCCCAAGUCAACUGCCAUGAGAUUUGCAGCCGUUAUACAGCUGGUGAUCUUUUGGCAAGUCACGGAACUGAAUACGUUCUUCUUGAAGCACAUAUUCGAAAUGCCGCCCGAUCAUUUUAUAGUUAUCGGACGCUUGGUAUUCAUAGGAUUGUUUGUGGCGCCGUCAGUAAGGCAAUACUAUGUAUAUGUCACCGACACGCGCUGCAAACGUGUUGGCACCCAAUGUUGGGUUUACGGCGCCAUUAUGGUCUCCGAGGCCAUUCUGUGCAUUAAGAAUGGCAAGGAAUUGUUUGAGCGCACGCAAGCGAUCAACAUUGUGAUUUGGCUAACCGUGCAGGUGAUGAUAUCGGUGUCAUUUGUCUAUGUUGCCGUCUGGUGGCAGCAACGUCAACAGAAAAAGGUUUCAAGUACGCCAACGAAAAAGCACGGAGAUGUUGCAUCUACCUCACCUAAAAAAGGUAAUUUGUCGCCCGCUAAAGAGAAGAAACUCAAAUGAGGCCAUUUUAGCAAAACCAAAAAUUUAACAAAAACAAUUUCAUACUUAAAAAAUCAAAUAGUAAUAAAAAAAAAAAGACAAGUUUCUUAAAAU